AUGGAGAGUCAAUCAUGGUUUUUGUGUUUAAUCCUUAGCUUUGGCUUGGUUGUACUGUCAGACGCGCAAUAUAUUCCACCGCCUGAAUUUGGGCGAAAAAGGAACGCUGAGGACAUACUUCAGGUAAAUAGACUUUUAGACUUAAGGACGUAGGUUUUUUCCAAAGCCAUAAAUUUUCUGACUUUGUAAGGAUCUACUUUUGUAAGUCUCAUUUCUCAGUUACGGAUGUCAUUUUGAGAGCAAUCUGGUACAUUUUCUUUGUCCAGUAACACAGCUUGUUGCGGGGUAAAGAUAAUGAGGCAAAAAUCUUAGUGGCUUGUUGUGUUAGUGCGUAACACUAUUAAAAGAAUCGUAACUUUUUUUCAAGGAAAAAGUACGCAAUGCAGAUGAAGAUAGACCCCCGUAUCUUCCGCCGGAUGAAAUGGGAAGAAAGCGAGAAAGUAACCGCCGACUCAUGAUGGUAAGUCCUUUCAGGCUUGACACGUAAUUAAUUUGCGUUAUUUCCAUUCUCAGUAUCGCUUUUGCCAAGAGUUAGACUUUUGAGCUGGCACUAAACGAAAUGUUUAACGAACCAAGAAAAUGAAAGAAGACAGAAAUGCCCCAGUCAAAUUAUUAGUAUUCAAUCUUUUCAAUUUCUUAAUAAGUAGUCAUAUCUCCACUCUCUUCUUAUUCGUUAAUUUCUGUAAUAGUUAUUUAACUGUUUGCGGGCAAAAAGAACGCCGGUAUAUGUGUUCAAAUCGAUCGAUGGCAGAUUCGAGCGUAACAUUAUUGAAGUCAUACAUUAGUCCUGCGAGGUCAUCAGCUUAACUUGGGACAAGGCUAAAUAG